GCUUAUGGUGCAAUAGCUGCCAAAACGAAAGUGAAGCGCUGUGCACCUGAAAGGAUGGAAUCUUCAAGCAAACAAUCUGAUGACGGGAUGGAAGAGCAAAACCAAAAAUCUGAUGACAGGAUGGGAGACACUGACCAAAAAUCUGAUGAAGGAAAUGUCUGUAUGGGAGAUACAAGGGCCAAUUGUCAGAAUCAACUCUCAAGUGAUAUGGCUGUUUCCAAUGAUCCAGAAAUGCUCCCCUCAACAUCAUCCAGAGAAAUUUCAUCUAUACAAAGUAUUUCAGUGGAUAUCUUACAGGAAGAUGACCCACAAGAGGUCACUAGUUCUUUUGGAGAUCCCAUACAUCAAACCAGCAAUACAGCUACUGUUGGAAGUACAUCUUCAUGUAAAACCAUGGCCAGUAAUGCGUCUUUUAGUGAAUUAUGGCCUAUUGUAUGGCUAGCGAUGUGUAUUGUUGUCUUGGUUAUUAAAAUACUUCAAAACAAUUUUCAUCCAGCUCCUUAUGAUCGUGAUUUACAAGAUCCCUGGAGAAGGUGCGCAACUAUGGCUGAUAGUACCACAAGUCAUCAAAAUCUAUCCCCUGUGGACCCGCCAUUACUGGAAUUACCUCGAACUGACUUCAUAAUACAGGAGCAGGGCAUCAGACGAGGAGCUGAUGUCCAGUUCACCAAUGAUACAAUGAGACCUGAGGCUCGGCAAGGUUCAGAUGAGGAAGAUCAAUCACUCCUAGAAAUCUCCCAGCAAACUUCUGUGAAUGGAACAAACAAUGAGGAAAGCUACAUGGAUAGCAUGUUUAGGCAAGAAAGAAGUCAUUCUCAGAUUAAUCAUCAGGAUGUCAUCCGUAUCAGCAGUAAUAAUUGGAUGACCAGGUCGACUGACAUGUGCCCAGAUAUUAAUGAAACAACAUCAUCAGAGGGUGAGGAACUCCAGUCAAACAUUACAACCCGACCACCUGAAAACCGACCUCAAGGUAUUCCUCAUGGAGGAUGGGUAUACAUGUACUUACAUAAUACCUGCAGCUUGGACCAGUUCCUUAAUGCACUGUACCAGGUAUGCCGGUUCACACCAAUCCGAAAUCAGCUAGAGGACUUAGCACACAUAUUCCCUGAGGCAUACGAAAAACAUAAUAAUGGCAAUAUAAUGGAGGCUUUUGAUUGA